AGCGUCGCACUUUAUUUGUAUUUUUGCUAGCUAUUCUGUCACAGAGACAGAAACCGCCAUAAAUUAUGAUUAAAAACAUCGCCCCGGUACAGUUUUGUUCCAACAACAUAAUUGUAUUUGCAAUGGUACAAAAAUGUUUCUCAUAAUCAAUUUCUUUAUCUUAAAAGGUACAUUUACGUAGAGAUAGGGUCUUGACUAAAAUUCUUGAGAGUACAGCCCUAAUUAGUGACAAUUAAAUUGAUCAUUUUUUUCUGACAAUUCACUUAAGUUCUUUUUAAGACAAUAACAACAAUAAUAUUGAUAGCAAUAAUAAUAGUUAUGAUAAUAAUUGGUCAGUGUUGCAAUAUAAAUUAUAGUGUAGGCUAGGCAGCUUUUAUAUAGGGCAUUUUAAAUACACAUAAAGUAAAAUCAAGUAACAGGAAUAAUGCAUAUGACAACUAAAUGAAAAUGAGUCAUUGUUUAAUUGUUUGCGCAGACGGUAAAUAAAUAGAUCAACAGAAACACGGAAACGCCUGUAUACGCGGAAAGAUGCCGCGGCGAUUUCGGUCAUCGCGACCGUGGCCGCUACGCCCAUUUGCUGGUUUGCAUCCAUCCCAUCACAGCCCCUUACAAUAUUCGGAAUGAGUGGUGGUAAAAGGCCUGGGAUUUAAAGAAGGAUCGUAAAACGGAACCUUAAGUCCGCAUUUCAAGCGAUCGGACAUGCAGCAGGAGAUGGCGGCACAGCUGAACAAGACUCUAUCCCUACCUCGAAGGCUUCUGUACACAGUGUUCUUCCUGUCAACCUCAACUCUGCUGCUCAUCCUCUUUUACAGCGACGGGCUCGCCAGUGAGUGGCAGUCCAGCCUUCACCAGGCCUUCUUGCUCUCCCGGCAUGUUAAGGCCUACCCUUUGCUGCAUGGGCCCCGAAUUUGCCCAUCCCAGAGACCCAUCACCCUUUUGCUCGCACUGAAGUCACACAUUUCCAACUUUGAGCAGCGACAGGCUAUCCGAAACACUUGGGGGAAAGAUCGCUUUCAGUCCGAGCAGGUUGUAAGACGGGUGUUCCUGCUUAGCAUCCCGGACAAGGGGAUGGGGCCGUACGCCGCGACCCUGAACUCCAUGGUGAUGGAAGAGAACAAUCUAUACAGGGACAUCCUCCAGUGGGACUUCCAGGAGUCCUUCUACAAUGUGACCCUGAAGGAGCUCCUCUUCUGGCACUGGUUCCAGGACCACUGCCGGGGCUCCACCCAUUAUGUGCUCAAAGGGGACGACGACGUGUUUGUUGACGUGGAGCGUGUGCUGCACUUCCUGCGGGGACCUGCGACCCACGCAGAGCCUCUGUAUAUGGGUCGCCUCUUUGUUAACACAUUCCCUGUACGCUCGCGGUGGAACAAAUACUACGUUCCGUGGUCACUGUACUCUGGGGUCUAUCCUCCAUACAUGGGGGGAGGUGGCUACCUGAUGUCCAAUGAAACCAUCCGCCUGCUGCUGCAAGCCUCCUCUGAAGUGCUGCUCUUUCCCAUUGAUGAUGUCUAUGUGGGCAUGUGUGCCCAGGUAGCUAAUAUCAGUGCCAGGCAUCACCAGGGCUUCAUGCCCAUUGAAUUCGACCCUUCACAGCACCCCUGCAUCUACUGGGGGGUUCUGGUGCUACACAGACUAGAGCCGAAACAACAGUACUUGCUGUGGAAUUUUUAUAAGAGUCAAGGACACAAGUGUAAUAACUCUACACUACAACUAGGCCUGUAGGAGGGACAUGUGCCUUCUUCCAUCUAUUCACAGAUGGAAUAUUUUGCAAAAGCUUCUGCAUAACUGAGCCAAAGACAUUCAUUAUAGGUACUGUAUUCUGAAUCCUUCCAGUUUCACGUUUGCAACAUUGCUGUGGCAUGUUUACUUGUAUGGAAUCGUAGCAUAGCUGGCUAUCCUGUGAGACACAGAACCUUGGCAUCUCUUCAGCCGAAGCUCAUCUGUUCCCCGCACCCAUCAUGCCAGUCAGGUCUGUGUAGUCAGUCAGUUCUAUGUGGUCAGCUUAGACAGACAGGUUCUGAAGGAUUCCUCUUGCACUUUGCGAAUGAGGCCGGGCGUGACCAAAUAAGCAAAUACUUGUAAAUUUAUCAGUGUGACGUGUAAACUUCACCUUGGGCCCAAAACUGAUAUGCCAGCUGGUUUGGAUAAAGCUAUUCACAAUGCAAGAGUUUCUAUUUAGUAUUUUUUUAUAUGGAUUCUGUGUGAAUUUAAAAAAAUGUUUUAAUUAAAGCUUUUUCCAAGUUGUUUUUACAAAGUGGCCUGUUUGCCAAGAGCCAGUGACAGGUAUUUACUCUGAGUGACUACAAAGAGGUUUACUAGCACCUGUGUUCCCAGGGUUGCCCUUAAAUGUGGGAGCAGUAAUUCCGGUCAGGAAUAUUAAAAAUGUAAUCAAAAGGGUCCCUGUAAAGUUGCCGGCAUCCCCAGAGUAUUUUGAUGCCAUCAGUCUGCCAGCCAUUUGAAAAGGUUGAGCUUCUGAUCACAGGAACAUCAGAUACAUCGUAAUCGGAUGCCCCCAUGCUCUACAUGUACUAUGACAAAACGACACAGGAUAUAAUCAGGGAA